CCAUAGAACCCCAAAAUGAUCUCACCAUGCACUCCUCAAAAGCCCCCAAUCCUUCCCCCAGGAGCCCCUGCACCCCAGGCCCCUACCAUUCCUCCUCCACCAUCUCUCCUCCCCCCAGAUACCUCUGAUCCAGCUGUCCCACCUCCUCCCUCUGUUCUUGAGGUCACUAUUCCCCCACCCCCACUGCCUCCUCCACCCCUAACUAUGGGGGUUGCUCCCCCCCAUGUUUUCGGCCUGGAGAAGAGCCGGCUUCUGAAGGAAGCCUUGGAGAAGACGGGCCCGCUCCCUGGAAGCAAAGAGGACGUGAAGAGGCUCCUGAAGCUGCACAAGGAUCGUUUCAGGAAUGACCUGCAGUGGACUCUCUUCUGCGCUGACCUGCCGUCCCUCAUCCAGGAAGGCCCCCAGUGUGGGCUGGUGGCCUUGUGGAUGGCGGGCGCCCUCCUGGUGCCCCCCAGUGGCGUCCCCCUGGAGAGACUGGUACAGGUAGCCCGGGAGAGGGGAUUCACUGCCCAGGGGGAGAUGUUCUCUGUGGCUGACAUGGGCAAGCUGGCCCAGGAGGUGCUGGGCUGCAGUGCUGAGCUGCUCCGCGGUGGCCUGGGUCCCCCAAACCGAGACCGCGUCCUGCAGCAUCUGCUCGCUGGACACCCGCUGCUCAUCCCCUACGAUGAGGACUUCAACCAUGAGCCGUGCCAGCGGCAGGGCCACAAGGCCCAUUGGGCAGUGAGCGCAGGCGUCCUGCUGGGAGUGCCCAGAGUGCCAGACUUGGGCUAUACCGAGGACCCCGACCUGCCCGGCCUGUUCCUGCCAACACCCGGCACAGACCCUCCACUCCCACCCCUGCCAGAGGAUGAAGGCCCUGGCCUGGUCUACCUACUAGCCAAGCAGGGCAAGAGCUGGCAUUACCACCUGUGGGACUACGAACACGUCCGUGAUAGCAACCAGCAGUUGACUGACUUCUCGCCUGCCAGGGCUGCUGAUGGCCGCAUGUAUGUGGUGCCCGCGGGCGGGGUUCGGGCUGGCCUUUGUGGCCAGGCCCUGUUGCUUACACCGUAGGGCUCCAGCCUCUAGCCUGCU